AUGAGUUACUUUCCUCGAACAUGUGCUCCUUUGAUGAGAAAUGUUCUUGCUCAUAAUAAAGGAAAUAUAUAUCUACAAAUUAGUACACAGCUACAUGAUACCUCGAUAAAAAUCGGAUUUAAUGGGGUUCGUUAUAUUAGUCGCAAUCAUGGCGGGAAACAACAACAUAUAAACACUGCGCCGAUAGAAUUCACUCCCAAUUUUGGGUAUGGUGAUAGAGCUCCUAAUUGCAACAAAAAGGUUGGGUCGACUGCCAUAAAGACUCUAAGGUGCACAGAUGACAUUUCAAACUCAUCUGAAAGUGACAUUUCAAACGAUUCAAGCGCUCAGCUGCCAUUCAAUGUCAAGCUUGUGGACCCAAGGGUAAGAAAAUCAAAGAGACCAUCUCAUGCAACCAGCGAAGGGCUGGAUCUGAAAACUUUAAAGAAGAAGAUAAUUAUGCCAUAUCUUCAGUUGACCAAGCCUCGACUCACCAUCCUAGUGAUGUUAAGUGCUAUCUGUUCGUAUGCGCUUUCUCCAUACCCAGCCUCAGUCAGUGAAUUGUUAUGUCUAACAGUAGGUACUACUCUGUGUUCCGGUUCUGCAAACGCUAUAAAUAUGGGCAGAGAACCAGAAUUUGAUAGACAAAUGGUGAGAACUCAGGCGAGGCCCGUUGUUAGGGGUGAUGUUACACCUACCCAGGCGUUCGAAUUUGCUGCACUUAUCGGAACAUUGGGAGUAUCUAUCUUGUACUUUGGUGUUAAUCCUACCGUUGCUAUUCUUGGCGCCUCAAAUAUCGCGUUAUAUGGCUGGGCCUAUACGUCUAUGAAAAGAAAGCAUAUCAUCAAUACAUGGCUAGGCGCUCUAGUAGGAACUGUUCCUCCUCUAAUGGGAUGGGCGGCAGCAAGUCCCCUUUCCCAUCCGGGAUCUUGGUGCCUUGCUGGUUUACUGUUCGCUUGGCAAUUCCCACACUUCAAUACGUUAAGUCAUAACAUCCGAAAUGAAUACAAAAAUGCCGGAUAUGUCAUGACUGCAUGGAAAAAUCCGUUGCUAAAUGCCCGUGUCUCGUUGAGAUACUCUAUACUAAUGUUUCCUUUAUGUUUCGGAUUAUCUUAUUUCAAUAUCACAGAUUGGUAUUAUCAAAUAGAUUCCGGACUUAUAAAUGCGUGGUUAACGUUCUGGGCUUUCAAGUUUUAUUGGCAACAAAGAAUUAACUAUUCCUCGAAAACAUUAAAAGAUAACGUUAAGUUUAAUAAAGGCUUGAGUGUAGCUAACAUCUAUGCAAGGAAAACGUUCAUGGCUAGUGUAUUACACCUACCGGCAAUUCUAAUACUAGCCAUUAUACAUAAAAAAGGCCGCUGGGAUUGGAUAUAUCCUGGUGAGGCAAAGCGGCCGCAGGAACGAUUUUAG